AUUUAAAGAGCAUCCGGAUCCGGAGAGAGACAGAAAGAAAGAGGAAGGGGGAGAAGGAGGAGGAGGAGGAGGCGGAGGCGGAGGCGGAGGCAGGACCGGCACCGGCACCGGGAGCGGAGCGGCGACACCGCGGGGAUGGGGGAAUGAAUCCCUGCCGGGGCAGCACCGGGAAGGAGCCUGGGAGCAGCUGAGAGAGCCCGAGGAGGAGCUGCUGGACCAGGGGACGCCCCACUGACCGCACGGGCCCGUGGCCUCUCGCCCUUUCUAACAAAUGUCAACAGCUCGGGAGCAGCCAAUCUUCAGCACCAGGGCCCACGUCUUCCAGAUCGACCCCGCCACCAAGAGGAACUGGAUCCCGGCCAGCAAACACGCCCUGACCGUCUCCUACUUCUACGAUGCCACCCGCAGCGUCUACAGGAUCAUCAGCGUGGGGGGCACCAAGGCCAUCAUCAACAGCACCAUCACCCCCAACAUGACCUUCACCAAGACCUCGCAGAAGUUCGGGCAGUGGGCGGACAGCAGGGCCAACACGGUCUACGGGCUGGGCUUCGCCUCCGAGCAGCACCUGGCCCAGUUUGCAGAGAAGUUCCAGGAGGUGAAGGAGGCGGCUCGUUUGGCCAGGGAGAAGUCCCAGGAUAAAACCGAGCUCACCAACCCUGCCCUGAGCAUCACAGCCCACCAGGUAACCCCGGGAAAAGGGGAAAACGCUCCCGUGGGGCUCCUCUGCCUCUCAGCCCUUCCUCUCCAGAGCAGGGCUGGGGCCACGCAGGGCGUGUGGCCCUCCCUGCUCCUGCUGCUGGCUGGAGAUUUUUGGUGGCCCUGCUGUGCAGAGCUGGAGGCGCAGGGCACCCACGACUCCUCCAGCGAGAACAACAAGGAGGAGCUGAGCCAGACCCUGGAGGAGCUGGAGCUGCUGAUCAAGGCCAAGGAUGAGGAGAUCCAGGUGCUGAAGAGCCAGAGGUGCGGGCGCUGGGAGGCUGAGGGCGAGCGCGAGGAGACGCUGCAGAAGCUGCAGGAGCUGGAGGCGCGGAACGCCGAGCUGGAGCAGCGGCUGCGCCUGGCCGAGCAGAGCCUGGCCGAGAGCCUGGCCGAGAGGGAGAGGCUGCACGGGGAGCUCAGCAGGGCGGCCGAGCUCAUGGACGUGAAGAUCUUCGAGCUGGGAGAGCUCAGGCAGGGCCUGGCCAAGCUGGUGGAGAGCAACUGAGGCACGGCGGGG